UGUUAGUCAACCAAACAUCAGUAGACUGAUGCAACUUCUAGUGGUGCAACUGUAAGUUUACAUUGGUAAAUUCAAAUUGAUUGACCUUACGAUGAAGUUGAAAUGACCAAAUAAUUACCAAUUUAAACACUUUGUGAACAUUAUUUGAGAGUUACUAAAAGCGUACGGCUUUGAGUGAAAAUUUUUCUACAUUAUUUGCGAGUUACUAAAAGCGUACGGCUUUAAGUGAAAGUUUUUCGAUCCGAAAGUUGACGUUCCAUUUUGCACCAAUGGCUUCCAGCGAAAACAUAACAUUGACUGUCAUUUGCAAUGGAACCGAACGCUUCCAAGUCGUGAUGAAAAGUCACUGGCGUUCUCUGCCGGACAACGAGGGAUUCACUUUAUUGCUACACGAGAUCUCUAUGCGGACUAAAUUUGGCGCUCUGAUCAUUCGUGAUAGUGCCUCCAAUGAACAAAUAAAAACAUUGAAUGGGCUGAAAGACAGGCAGGAAAUAUCAGUCGGGUCCAUUCCGUCUAGAGUGACUUGUCUGGAAGAUAAAGUCAUUCAGUUGACUGCUCAAUUAGCCGAAAUGAAUAAAAAAUUUGAAGCCAAAACUGCACGAAUUCCAGUUGCACCAAAUCUUAUCAAGAAUAGUUUGCUUCGAGAAGUUGAUAUCUCGACUAGCAUUCCGACUGGGUUUUGCCUCAAUACUUUCAGAACUGGAGGUAGCAUGAACUUUGCAGCUGUGCAUCCUUAUUGCCAGGGUUUUGAGGGCUGUUACACGGAAACAGCUCCCAAUAAUUCGGUAACGCCAGAGAAGUGUGCGGAGGCUGGUGCCGACCGGCCGGUCUGGUACGGCAGAUAUAACAUGGGACCCCGCCGGACCAGAGGUGGACUAUCGACGGGGUGGGGAACCAUAACCGACGGGCAUCUUUUGAAAUUGAAAGGCACCCGAAUCGAUAAACACGAGACCACAGUAAACAUGCCAUGUAUCGAGGCAGGGGCUGCGACCUUGGUCCGAUUUACAGCUUGGAUUAAGUGUGUCAAGGGAGCAGUCCAAUUUUCAGUUGACUACCCGUUCUGGGACAACCCAUCUGGUCUUCUGGAAGGAGAAAGAAAGAAUGGCUUAUGCCGAGCUCAAGAUUGCGUGGGAUCACCUCAAGGCAAAGCGUCUUAUUGGCGUUUAAGGAGCGAUCAUUCUCAAAAAAAAUUAAAACGGACUAAAUUUGGCGCUCUGAUCAUUCGUGAUAGUGCCUCCAAUGAACAAAUAAAAACAUUGAAUGGGCUGAAAGACAGGCAGGAAAUAUCAGUCGGGUCCAUUCCGUCUAGAGUGACUUGUCUGGAAGAUAAAGUCAUUCAGUUGACUGCUCAAUUAGCCGAAAUGAAUAAAAAAUUUGAAGCCAAAACUGCACGAAUUCCAGUUGCACCAAAUCUUAUCAAGAAUAGUUUGCUUCGAGAAGUUGAUAUCUCGACUAGCAUUCCGACUGGGUUUUCCCUCAAUACUUUCAGAACUGGAGGUAGCAUGAACUUUGCAGCUGUGCAUCCUUAUUGCCAGGGUUUUGAGGGCUGUUACACGGAAACAGCUCCCAAUAAUUCGGUAACGCCAGAGAAGUGUGCGGAGGCUGGUGCCGACCGGCCGGUCUGGUACGGCAGAUAUAACAUGGGACCCCGCCUGACCAGAGGUGGACUAUCGACGGGGUGGGCAACCAUAACCGACGGGCAUCUUUUGAAAUUGAAAGGCACCCGAAUCGAUAAACACGAGACCACAGUAAACAUGCCAUGUAUCGAGGCAGGGGCUGCGACCUUGGUCCGAUUUACAGCUUGGAUUAAGUGUGUCAAGGGAGCAGUCCAAUUUUCAGUUGACUACCCGUUCUGGGACAACCCAUCUGGUCUUCUGGAAGGAGAAAGAAAGAAUGGCUUAUGCCGAGCUCAAGAUUGCGUGGGAUCACCUCAAGGCCAACCUGCAUUUUUACUUGUACAACUUAAGCUCACAGUGACCUACUGUUUCUAA